AUGUCUUACUUAUCUGACAGCUCACGUCUUAAAAAGUUCUUGCAGGAGAGAUAUCUCAAUCUUCCCCAGGGAGAAUUCUGUCAAGUCACUUAUGUCUGGAUUGCUUAUUGUGGAGUGGACUUGUGUAGCAAAAACCAAACCAUGGACUUUGAACCAAAAACCAUAGCUGGUAUACCACAAUGGGAUAUCACUGGACAAACUGAUAGAUUCAGCACUGAGAUGCUACUGAUUCCGGUCUGCUUUAUGUUUAGGGGCCCCUUCCUUUUGGACCCUAACAAACUGGUCCUCUGUGAGGUGCUCAAGCACACGCGGCAGCCAGCAGAAUUGAACCACCGUAACUGUUGUAACAAGGUCAUGGAGAAGGUCAAAGAGCUUCACCCUUGGUUUGGAAUGGAGCAGGAAUAUACUCUUCUAGGAGUGAAUGGACACCCUGGCUGGCCCAGACUUGGCUUCCCCAAACCACAAGCUGUACAACUUAAAUGCGCCAUUAAGCCCUGCUCACACAAAGAACUGUAA